AUGCCAUACGAGGGUCAGCAGGCCGAGGUCCCUACUGAGAUACUUUAUAAAGGGCAGGGGCUGACCUCUGAUGACCCUGCAGUAGGAGGGUUAGCCAGGGAGCAGCGGCAGCGGCGGCGGCAGCGCCGGGCUCGGCCAGUGCGCGCACCGGCGACGCCGUCGAGAGGCCAGCCUGGCGGCUGCCAGCGCAGAAAUAGUAGCGGGCCCCGUCCCUGUGUCUGCCCUGCCUCUGCCUCUGCCUCUGCCUCUCGUGUCCCGGACAGUGGCCCGCCGCGCGCCGCCGCCGCCGCUCGGCUCCAGACGGCGCCUGACUCACCAGCCGGGGGGAUUCCUCCUCCAGCGGACUCACUGCACUGCUCUGCCCGGCCGAGGCCGGGAGCCGGCGAGACGGAGGCGGGGGAGAGCGACGGCGGCGCCGGCGGCGGCGCGCCCGGCGCGUGCGCUGUGUGCGGCGCGCCGGCGUCGCAGUGCUGCUCGGGCUGCCGCGCCGCCUUCUACUGCGACCGCGACCACCAGCGGCGCCACUGGCGCGCGCACCGGGCGCAGUGCGCGCGCUACCGCGUCGCCGUGGACGCCGUGCUGGGCCGGCACUUGGUGGCGGCGCGAGACCUGCGCGCCGGCGAGCUGGUGCUGCGCGAGCCGCCGCUCGCGCUGGGGCCCAAGAUCUCGUCGCACGCCGCCUGCCUGGGCUGCCUGCGCCGGCUGCGCGAGGCGUCGGCGCGCGCCUGCGCCGGCUGCGGCUGGCCCGUCUGCGGCGCCGCCUGCGAGAGGGCGGCCGCGCACCGCGCAGAGUGCGACCUCAUGAGGCAGCGCGGCUUCCGCGGCGCGCCGCCCGUGCGCGACGGCCACAAGGAAUCCGCCUACUGCGCCAUCGCACCACUGCGCUGCCUGCUGCUCAAGGACAGCGACCCCGAGAAGUACAAGACGCUGCUGACGCUGCAGUCGCACCUGGACGAGCGCCGCAACACGACGCUGUACACCAUCUUCCGCAACAACGUGGUGGGCUUCGUGCGCGACGCGCUGGGCCUGUCGCAGUUCGACGACGAGGCGGUGCUGCGCGUGGCCGCCAUCUUGGACACGAACGCGUUCGACGUGCGGCGCGAGGAGGGCGAGGUGCGCGCGCGCGGCCUGUACGCGGCCGCCUCCAUGCUGUCGCACGACUGCCGGCCCAACACCAGGCACGUGUUCGAGGGGCCCGACUUCCGCAUCGCCGUGCUGGCCACGGUGCCCAUCAAGAAGGGUGAGGUCAUCAGCGCCACGUACACGCAGACGCUGUGGGGAACGCUGGCGCGGCGCGCGCACCUGCGCACCUCCAAAUGCUUCGACUGCACGUGCGCGCGCUGCGCCGACCCCACCGAGCUGGGCGUCUACGUGGGCGCCAUCAGCUGCUCCCGCUGCCGCGCCGCCGACCGUGACUCCACCAACAAGAUCGUCUCCACGCAGCCGCUGGACUCGACCGCCGUCUGGAAGUGCGAGAGCUGUGGCCACUCCAUACCCGGCCGGCAGAUCGCCUGGGGCAACGACGCCAUCCGCCAGGAGAUCGACGCGCUCGACAAGACGCGGCCGGAUCCGCUGGAGGACUUCCUCAACAAGUACUCUGGCGCGCUGCAUCCCAAGAACGGACACGUGCUCGAGGUCAAGUACGCACUGUCGCAGAUGUACGGCAACUCUCCUGGUUAUUCUCUAGCCGAUUUAACAGAUGAACAAGUGAACAGAAAAGUGGAAUUAUGCAAUGAAUUGCUUGAAGUUGCUGAUGUUCUGGAACCAGGGAUGUCACGCUUGAGGGGUAUACUGCUGUAUGAGCUACAAGCUGCCAUGGUGGUUCAAGCUAAGAGAGACUUCAAUGCUGACAAAAUCACAAAGUCUGCAGCUCAGGAAAUCAUGGGAGAAGCAAUGACUCUGUUGCAAGAUGCAACAAAAAUUCUCCAGUCAGAGCCUGACAUGACAAAAUUACUUGAAGAAAAAUUGGAAGCCCUCGCUACAGAGUUAAAUGAUGACUGAAAUCCAAUUUUAUUUAUUUAAUAACUUAGAAACUAGGAUAGGCAAUAAUAUUUAUGCAAUAAAAUGUUCUGUCUGUGAUGAUAGUUUCAUGAAGUGUUGCUUUAUUUGUAUAUCUUUUUAUAUACAAUAUAUCAAAAAGAAUAAUGUAAUAUGGAUGGAACCUACUAUAUACAAUAUCUUAUAAGUUAAGUAUACUUUCAAAUCUACAAUCAAUUUUGAAGCAUUAAUUGAAAAGUACAAAGAAAAUUUAUUGUAUGGUUUAAUAAAAAUGUUGUUAUGAAUACA